CCUCGCGGCCCGCCGGCCAAUCGCGGCGAGCUUUGUUGCGGGGGUGCGGCACGCGCGGACGCCCCGUUCAAGAUGGCGGACGACAGUGAGACAGCAGUGAGGCGGCCCCCGGCGAGGCCUUCGCGGCCGGCGGCGGAGGAGAACGACCAUGAGCAUUGCAGCGACUGCGAGAACGAGGCGGAGCAUGGCUCCAACAGGGGGGGCCUGAGUCCAGCAAAUGACAGUGGAGCCAAGAAGAAGAAAAAGAAACCCAAACGGAAGAAAGAGAAGGGAGGAGGAGACCAGCCUGACCAGGCUCAGGACCAGCCAGUGAAGGUGAACUCUUUACCUGCUGAGAGGAUCCAGGAGAUUCAAAAAGCCAUCGAGCUCUUCUCUGUAGGUCAGGGACCGGCCAAAACCAUGGAGGAAGCCAGCAAGAGGAGCUACCAGUUCUGGGACACACAGCCAGUGCCCAAGUUAGGAGAAGUGGUGAACACCCAUGGCCCGGUGGAGCCAGACAAGGACAACAUCCGCCAGGAGCCCUACACCCUGCCCCAGGGCUUCACCUGGGAUGCCCUGGACCUGGGGGAUAGAGGUGUGCUGAAGGAGCUGUACACCCUGCUCAACGAGAACUACGUGGAGGAUGAUGACAACAUGUUCCGCUUCGAUUACUCGCCCGAGUUCCUGCUGUGGGCACUGCGUCCUCCAGGCUGGCUGCCCCAGUGGCACUGCGGGGUCCGAGUGGUCUCCAGCAAGAAGCUGGUGGGAUUUAUCAGCGCCAUUCCAGCCACCAUCCACAUCUAUGACACAGAGAAGAAGAUGGUGGAGAUAAACUUCCUGUGUGUCCACAAAAAGCUGCGCUCCAAACGGGUGGCUCCAGUUCUGAUCCGUGAGAUCACGAGGAGGGUGCAUCUAGAGGGAAUCUUCCAGGCUGUUUACACUGCAGGAGUGGUGCUGCCAAAGCCUGUGGGGACUUGCAGGUAUUGGCACCGCUCCCUGAACCCUCGGAAACUCAUCGAGGUCAAAUUUUCCCACCUGAGCAGGAACAUGACUAUGCAACGCACCACGAAGCUGUACCGCCUGCCCGAGACUCCUAAGACUCCUGGCCUGCGGCCCAUGGAGCACAAGGACAUCCCUGCUGUGCACAAGCUCUUGACUGAGUACCUGAAGCAGUUCCACCUGACACCCAUGAUGAGCAGAGAGGAGGUGGAGCACUGGUUUGUACCUCAGGAGAACAUCAUCGACACCUUCGUGGUAGAGAGUGCCCCAGGAGAGGUGACAGACUUCCUGAGCUUUUACACCCUGCCCUCCACCAUCAUGAACCACCCGACCCACAAGAGCCUGAAAGCUGCCUAUUCCUUCUACAACGUCCACACCAAGACGCCUCUCAUUGACCUCAUGAGCGACGCGCUCAUCCUCGCCAAGUCGAAAGGAUUUGACGUCUUCAAUGCACUGGAUCUCAUGGAAAACAAAACCUUCCUGGAGAAGCUGAAGUUUGGGAUCGGGGAUGGGAACCUGCAGUAUUACCUGUACAAUUGGAAGUGUCCCAGCAUGGCACCAGAGAAGGUUGGAUUGGUGCUGCAGUAAGGGAGCCCUUGCCAGGAGAGCAUGGAGGAGCCGGGCCUGAGGAGGUGCUGCCCUCAUCCUUUCUGCCAAAGCCGGAGCCACGCCGGGAGAGGGGCACCGGAGCCCCCGCUGCUGCCAGCCACCUCCUUGUUUGAUUUAUCUGCAUCCUCCUAAAGACAUGAUCAAGGGAAUGUAACUGCUGAAACUAGAUCAUGAUUGG